CUCGCAAAAACGACUGUGGAAAAUAAUGAGAAACCCGAAAGGUUGCCAGCAAAGAAAAGAGUGUCAUUCAGUUUUGACUAUGACAAGACUGAUUUGGAGAGUGUCAGUUCUAUGCCAAGUGAAGUCUAUGGAUUUGCUCCCACCACAUAUCCUCAACAACCGUGCCACCUCGAUCCAUUCAUCAAGCCAUACAACAUCCAGAGACUCCGUAGUCUGGGCAGAGACUCUUGCAACAAACAUCUUUGGUACAUAGUCGCUGACACACAGAUACUGAUGGGACACUUAGCUUUCGUUGACAUGUUGGUGCGGAUGGACCCGCAAUGCCGGCUGAUGGUGUCCCACGCUACCCGCACAGAGUUAUUGUCUCUGGGCGGCGGCGACAGUCGCGGGCGCCCCCUGGCGGAGACCGCGCGCCGCUGUCUGAGGCUGCUGGCCGACUGUACAGAUGUUGAAAGAGAAGAAAUACGCAUUAACAUUAUUGAUGAAAACGGAAUUGUCAAUUGUUGCAAGAAACUUGCUAGAGAUCGCUAUCAUGUGGUUCUCAUAACCGACGAUGAAGAUUUGAAACACGAAGCAAAAAUAUCCGGUAUUCAAACGUUCACUUUACAAGAACUGAAAGAUUUCAUCUCAAACGAUACAUCUGUACAGUUGGACCUCAGCAGCAUUAAAAUCACUGUAGAUAAUGUUACAGUCAAAGAAAAAUCAUCCAUUUUUGACGCACAAACGAAAUCGCCGUUUAAAAAUCUAGCGAAUAUUGAAGAAAGUAGGCAAAACCAAGUGGAUAAAGGUAUAAAUUGCAAUGAAUCUAUGACUUCAUUCGAAAUGGACAUAAAUGGCGAAAUAUCUAAAGUGGUAGACGCUCAGACAUCGCCAAUAUUUUUCGGCGAAAAAUCUACCAAAAACGUAACAAUAACUACCGGAAACGUAGCAAAUUAUACCGGAAAUCAUGACAAUUCUACUACAAACAUAGAAAUCGGAAAUCAUGGGGAAACUUUCGGUUGCAAUAUGCCUUUUGAAAGUCCAUCUUUGCUACCAAAAUACAAUGUCAAUAAUGACCUAUGGGGUUUGAUAAAUUACCAGAAGAAACCUUCUAAAAUGUACCAAGAGGUAGAAAAGGAAUUAAAAGUAUAUUGUGAAAAAAAUACGGCUAUGGAGGAUAAUUUUGAAAACAGGAAGGAUGAAUUAAUUUGCUGCUAUGUUCAGACUAUGGAGGAUGUUCUUACCAACGUAUUACAGAACGAGGCAACCACCUCCAACAGCCUCCAACCUCCGUGGUACUUGCACGAGGUGCUAGAAUGUGUCAAGAGAAUGUUCCAGAAUGACACAAGAAUGACAUACGUGGUGGAACAACUGUCGGGUUGCGUGCAGAAGUGUGGGAAUAAGAAUGGUACAUUGAAAAUAGACAUAAAGUUCACCGAUUUCAUUACAAUAGUGGGAUACGGUGUUUUGCUCAUAAGAUAUUUGAAGGACCGCGACACAAGCAACUCGGACUUGUCGGAAGCGGAGCAAGCUCUAAAUGACGUCCUGAGUGCGCCGGCCGACUUCCCCACCGUGCAUAGAGACCCCGAGCCGGAAGGGGAUACUGAGAAAUUAAUAAAGAAGCCUACAGACGUGCUAGAGUACCUGAAGAAGCACUACCCGGCGUGGCGCGCCCUGAGCGAGUCCUCGCCCACACUCAGCGCCAGGGACACGGUGGAACUAGCUCCGAAUAACGAAGUGAAAAUCGUGCGAACUUUCGGUCGCGACCUGAAGAAGUUGAAAUUCGACAACGACAAAAACAUGACUGUGGAGAAAUCACCAAAAAUACCCACCAAAGAACCUAAAACUACCAACACAGUCAACAAAGAAAUCAAAACUACUAAUAACAACACACAAAUCAUCAGAAACGUAGAUGCUAUAAAAGAAUUCGAAGACAAACUGAAAUCUAGCAUAGAUCUAGACGCACUGGACUACGAUGAAUCUAACAACAAUAUAACAGACAUCCAGGCUGAUACUAUAUCGAAUAACAUGACAAAAUAUUUGGAGCUAAGUGACAAUUCUACCAACAUAUCUCAGUAUUGCAAUAUACAUGAACCUGAUGUAAUAAUAGAAGAACAUAGUGAUAAGAAUGGAAAUCUAGUAUUCAAUGAAGAUAUGUCAGCCAGAGAUGGAUACACCAUAGACAGUGGUAUUGAGAACUCUUUGGAUGGCAGUCAAGCUUUUUCGCUGGUGAAACUGUUUUUUACCGAGCUGAAAGGGUUUUUUAUGUACAUUUACGAUUUCAUUGUAACAACCCAGUCCGAGAUGCAACACGGCGGCGUGUCCCCCGCGCGCCGCCUCGCGCUGCAGCAGAAGGCGGAGCGAGCGCAGCGCCGCCUGGCGGAGCUUACGGGAGUUUUGAAGAGGUACAAAAUAGACUUCAAAUACGUCAUUUAA